ACUGUACACUAUCCUGAAUUUAGUAAGGUUCACGCACAGGCGCGGGCUUCAGCCGAGGAUAAUGUCGAACAUCCCCCGAUCGAGAAAUAAAUCGUGUCCCCAUGAAGAGGAAGUACUGGGGAACAAGAAGUUUGAAUCACGGCCUCCGAUACUGCGCCAGAUGAGUUCAGGGAGUCUGAACGUCAGGACGACUGACAGCAAACCGCAACGCACCGCCGCGAGGACGAAAACCACGUCGGUAUCCGACAAAACGGACACUGCACUCCCCAACAGCAUGUCCAUGGGCAUUAUGAAUGAUCUCUUGGAGUGUAAACUGUGCAACAAGAGAUUGCGGCGUCCCAAGAUGUUACCUUGCCAACACACCUACUGUCUCUCCUGUCUGCAGGGGCUAGUACAGCCAACAAGCAAAGCCGUGGACUGUCCAGACUGUGGACUUCAGGUUCCUCUGCGGACAACUGGUCCUGACGGCGUGGUGGAGCUGCCUCCUAAUCUCUACUUGGACUCGCUACUGACAGUCCUCCAGCAGGACAUCGCUUGCGGAGCGGGGGACCAGAGAUGCAGCAGAUGCCAGACUGUAGGGAGCGCUUCGUCGUGCCAGCACUGUCGACAGGCAUUUUGUACCGUGUGUUGGGCAAGUCACAUUACGGAACUCAAGUCACAGUUGCCGAGUCUUCUGGACCAGUUAAGUGGAGCCAAGGAAACGCUAGAUCAUCGUAUACAAGAUUUUAGGGACGUCUGCAAAAGGCUGAAGCAGCACAUCAAUCUGGCUGUUGAGGUGAAAAUACAAACUCUGAGAGUAGAAGAGGAAAAGCUGAACAUCAGGGCUAAUGAACUGCUGAAACAGGGAGAGGAGUCCGUAGAGAAUCUUCUGGGGAGGAUAAGAGACACAGAGCAAACGGUUUCCAAAGGUUCAGACUUCGAUGCCAUCUCAGAAAACAAAAAGAAGGUGGCGAUGUUCCUUCAAUUACACCGCACCACAUCUGCACUUCUGGACGAGGUGUCACACUGGAGCGAAGCGCGUCCGACUUUUGACGCGGACAACUUCCGAAUCGACAUGGCAGGUGAAAGCAAAGCCGCAGGUGAGGUGGAAGAGGCUGAUGACGUGUUUGACGACGACACAGUGCGUAAUAUUGCUCAAGUCAAUUCACCGGAUAGCCUGUAUCAUCAUUACAGGGAACGUGCCUUCACGCCUCGCGUAAGCCUCGGCCGCUCAGUAUUGCAGCGUCCAGCAGGAGUUGCAGUGGCCCCUUGGGACGAAGAGGUGAACAUGUACAUCGCGGGCACAGAAGGGCGGCAAGUCCUGGUCAUAGACCGCAACAGAAUGAAGCUGGUACACCAACUGAGUGCCGCCAACAUGCUCUACCCACACGGAAUUGCUUUCUCCAAGUUCCUCCGUGAAGUCUACGUAACAGACAAGUGGAACCACUGUGUGCAUGUAUUCAGUGCUGAAGGUACAUACUUGCGGCAACUAGGAAAGAAGGGCCACGCUGAAGGCCACUUCCAGUCGCCUGAGGGGAUUACAUCUGGACCUGGGCCUAAUGGAAAGGAUGAUGAAACACUGCUUUAUGUGUGUGACACAGGGAAUGACAGGGUUCAGAUCAUUCAUCCCUGUGAUGGGAGUGUAAUUUACAUUUUGGGGAUUUUGGAUCCAUUACCAGGGCAUAAGUUUAAACGCACUGAGUUCAACCAACCAACAGGAAUUGCUGUUUCACAGGACAGAAUUGUGGUUGCUGAUUUUGGAAAUAAAAGAAUUAAGACCUACUCUCUUACAGGAGAGAGAUUGAGUGAAUUUGGGUCAAUGGGUGAAGCUAGAGGCCAGUUCCACUCACCAGAGUGUGUUGCUGUGGAUCAUCUUGGCUUCAUCCUUGUUGGGGAUAGUGGAAAUGCAAGAGUUCAAAUCUUCCGACCAAAUGGCACUCUUGUCAGAAUAUUUGGAGGCCGAGGAUCAAGUCCUGGAAAGUUUGCCUGGGUUUCUGGCAUAGCAGUUACUAAUAACAUGGACAUCAUCAUCACUGAUUCCAGGAACAGUUCUGUUCAGAUUUUCUAGGAAACACUAUCUGAUGUAACUGUACAAGCAUAUUAUCAACUACAGAUGUCCCACAGUCAUGCCCCAAAUAAAUAUACCGUAUUUACGCAUGUGUAGGCUGCACAUUUUUUGCCAAAAAUUCAAGAGGAAAACUGGG